UGUCAAUGUCAAAUUGUCAAUGGUUUUCGCCGGUCUUAGUCCGGUGCAGGCGUUUCUUUCGUCUUGUAAUAUUGUGAAAAAUUUAAAGCAUUUAAAUAGAUACCUAGUUAUUAAAAUGGCUGAGUAUAUGGAUAUAGAUGGAAGUGUUUUAGAAGGGGGAGGGCAAAUUCUUCGAAUAUCCAUAUCCUUGAGUGCUAUUCUGGGUAUACCAGUACGUGUCUUCAAUAUAAGAGUCGGCCGGAGUAAGCCAGGACUCGCUGCACAACAUUUAAAAGGCCUGCAGUUGGUUGCAGAAAUGUGCCAAGGCAAAUUGAAAGGUGCAAGCAUUGGUUCUACAGAAAUUCAGUUUGCACCGGGCAAGAUAAGAGGGGGACAUUACAUAGCAGACACUCAUACUGCUGGUUCGAUCAGUCUGCUACUUCAGAUAGCACUGCCAUGUGCCUUGCUGGCAGACGGGCCGGUGACUCUAGACCUGAAGGGCGGCACCAAUGCAGAAAUGGCCCCACAGAUAGAUUAUAUGGUGACAGUACUGAAGCCGCUACUGAAGAAGUUCCAUGCAGACUUCCGACUCAACAUCAGGAGGAGAGGGUAUUUCCCCAAGGGCGGUGGUCACGUGACAGUAGAGGUUUCCCCAGUACGCAGCCUCAGGGGCGUCAGUAUAGUGGAGCGCGGGGAUAUCACCGCCAUACGGGGGUCCAGCUUCGUGGCCGGCAUAUUGCCUGUCAAGCUAGCCCAAGAGAUGGCUGAAGGUGCGAAGGAGGAGUUGAAACAAUUCCACCACAACGUGGACAUCCGAUGCUACAAGGAGGACAGGACUGUCGCUCCCGACAAUUGCAGCGGCAUCCUUGUGUGGGCGGAGACUGAUCGCGACUGCGUGUUGUGCGCCGACGAAUUGGGGAAACGCGGACGGGACCCGCGACACUUGGGCCGGAGCGCCGGCGCCACGUUGGCUGCAACACUCGCCUGCAAGGCUGCACUCGACACGCAUGCGCAGGACCAGGUGAUUGUGUAUAUGGCUUUAGCGGAAGGCAAGUCGUCCGUGAGUGUGGGUGACAUCACGCUUCAUACUAAAACAGCCAUGCACAUAGUGGAACUGAUAGCCAAGAUAAAAUUCAAUGUCUACGAGGAGAGUGGUCAAAAUAUAAUCGAAUGCACCGGACUAGGACUCAUAAAUAAGAACUUACCUCCAGAUUAGCGCCAGUUAAUUAUUUGAAUCCUAUAUCUCCGUAACUUUUUUAAUAUAUUUUUUAUUAUGUUAAAUAUUACGUAAGAAUGAAUUAUAUUUGUUGUAAGCUCCGUGUUUUGUUUUCUUUCAUCUAUCGUAUCGCAUUAUCAGUAAAAAGUGUUUUGAUGUAUGAUAAAUAUGCUGUUUGUCGCCGACUUAUAACCUUUUGGGCACAAUUUAUACAAUCGUGGUAUGAUUCUAUUCGGAAGCGAACAUUCACGACCAACAGUGAAUUUUAAGUAAAAAAUGUUUUUAGAAUUUUGAACUAUUUG